ACAUUUGCAGGCUGCCCUCCUGAUUGGUCCCUUCGCUGAGCUGCUCACGGGUUCAUUGAAGUGUUAAGCACCUCCCCGUCUCUCUAAAGGACAUUAUAAUGCAAGAGACCCCCUUUUUAACCACACACCGAAUUUUCUUUCAUUUAGGCGAUCUAUAUAUAUUAUAUCUAUAAGCUUUAGAGAGCUAGAUCUAUUUUAAAUAACUUUUUUUGGGGGUGGGGAAAAACAACCGCUAAAAUUUGGGGGGGAACAGCUUUCGCCCUGGAGCGGUGCGCGAUGCUCUCUCACGCCGACCUCCUGGACGCCCGGCUCGGGAUGAAAGACGCCGCCGAGCUGCUGGGCCACCGGGAGGCGGUGAAGUGCCGUUUGGGCGUCGGAGGCUCGGAGCCGGGAGGCCACCCGGGCGACCUGGCUCCCAACUCGGACUCGGUGGAAGGGACCACGCUGCUGCCCGGCGACGAUAUCACCACGGUGGGCUCCACGCCCGGCUCGCUGGCCGUCAGCGCCAAAGACCCGGACAAGCAGCAGGGCCAGCCGGGGGGCCAGAACCCCAACCAGGCCGGCCAGCAGCAGAGCCAGCAGAAGCAAAAGCGCCACCGGACGCGAUUCACGCCGGCCCAGCUCAACGAGCUGGAGAGGAGCUUCGCCAAGACCCACUACCCGGACAUCUUCAUGCGCGAGGAGCUGGCCCUGCGCAUCGGCCUCACCGAGUCCCGCGUUCAGGUCUGGUUCCAGAACCGGCGAGCCAAGUGGAAGAAGCGCAAGAAGACCACCAACGUGUUCCGCGCCCCGGGCACGCUGCUGCCCACGCCCGGCCUGCCCCAGUUCCCCUCUGCUGCCGCGGCCGCGGCCGCCGCCAUGGGCGACAGCCUGUGCUCCUUCCACGCCAACGACACGCGCUGGGCCGCGGCUGCCAUGCCGGGGGUGUCACAGCUGCCCCUGCCGCCGGCGCUGGGCAGGCAGCAAGCCAUGGCGCAGUCGCUGUCGCAGUGCAGCCUGGCGGCCGGGCCGCCUCCCAACUCCAUGGGCUUGUCCAACAGCCUGGCGGGCUCCAACGGCGCCGGCCUGCAGUCGCACCUCUACCAGCCCGCCUUCCCCGGCAUGGUGCCGGCCUCCCUGCCCGGUCCCAGCAACGUGACGGGCUCGCCGCAGCUCUGCACCUCCCCGGACAGCGACGUAUGGCGGGGAACCAGCAUCGCCUCCCUCCGUCGAAAGGCGCUAGAGCACACAGUCUCCAUGAGCUUCACCUAAUGGCGUCUCCUCACGCCCGGCCGCGCCUCCCGCUUUCCCGCUCUUUUCUUCACCUCAGCCAGGGCCCCCUCCGCGGCCCGCGCUGCGCCCGCCAUUUUGUUUCUUCAAAAGAGGAGGGAACGCCAAAACCAACUAACAACAACAAAAGAUACUUACCGGGGAGUCGACUCAGGAUCUGGAAUCGGGGGACGGGUUGCUGGGCAGAGAAAACGCGCGCACGUUCAAACACACCCUCCACGGCGGGCCGCAUCCCAAGCCUGCUGCGCGCCAAUGGCGGAGGCGCAACCGACGCCUGCCUCAACGAAGAUUUCAGAGCUAACCUAACUGUCCCAACAAGGACUCACUCGGACCUCAUUUCGACGUCUCCUUCCGCCCCGCCAAAACCCACCCCGCGAAUGGUCCAGCCGUCUGUUGGGCUCUUCUAUUUUUUAAAGAAAGCGCCUCGAGAACCCACCGCGUGUUUAGAGAAAUAAAUCUAUAUGUAUACAGAUAUAACGACCCGAGUUUGUUGCAGGGGUUUUUGAUAGAAGGUUUUCUUACCGGGCGUGCCAGGGCUCUGGGGGGCUGCAAGUGUGGUAACGAGGUGGAGGGUCAAGAGGGAAUGAAACCGUUUUGAUAAAGCGUUUUUAAGCGAUUGGGGGGGAAGGGAGGGAGAGCCAAACGAAGUUCCUUUUGGAAACUGUUCUUUUGUUAAGCACUUCCCUGGGAAGGGUGCGUUUUGAUUUCAAAAAUUGCAAAUUCGGUCGCUUUGCCCCACCCCUUUGUUUCGGUUGUUGUUGUCCCCAUAAAGGCUCCCCUGCUGCCCCCCACCUCUCCGAGCAGCAGGGAGGGAGUUAGAUCGAGAUGCCUGCCGUAAGACACCUUCAACCUGGCAAAGACUUUGUACAGAUCGAACAAGCAGCUAUUUUCGCCCCUUUCUGCAUGUGCCGGUCCAAUCCCAGAGGACAGAAGCUAUUUCGAAGAAUGAACGAACAAUGUGAAAUAGGAUGUUUUGUGUAGAUAAAGCAUUCUUGUUACAUACUGGUCGAUUUGUGAUAUGUAAAAAAAAAAAGAAAACUUACUGUCUGUGCUUAUUUAUUAUGGAAUUUUGGGUUUCUUAAUAAAUGUUUGAGGCUAUUAUAAAGCAUAUGAUUUGACUUUCCCCGACAAGUUUAUACCCAGUUAAUGUAAACCGAGAAAUAAAAAAAAAUAAUUUUCAGUAUGCAAUAGUAAGAGAAAAGCUGUGGAAUGAAAUCAGAAGCGAUUCGAACGAGAGACGAAGGAAGAGGCUUCCCAUUGUGCGAAAUGGGAGCCCAGGGGGUGGGGUGGGCUCGCCAUGCAGACAUUUGGAAGUAGCUCGCUUGCAUUUGAGCAUUGAGAUGGGACAUCCCAUGGAUCACGACUCGAAUCCUCCAUUCGAAUAAAGUUUUUAAUCUCUGUGUAAAAUCACCUUCAAACUAAGCCAAGUUUUGACGGAAACGGCAGUCAGAGACAACUAGAAAAAAAAAUAGGUAACUAGUCUCUGUGCGUGCAUGUAAAUAAAAGGA